UUCUCUUUCUCGAUAGUAGUUAUAAACUUUGUUUAUUUUAGCAGGUUUGUAAUUUGAUCUUGUUCGUACUGAGUUUAGUGCUAACGCUUCAUAACUCCAAAAAUUUCUGCUAUUCGUAGCUGCCUUUCAAACAGGCGUAAAUCAUUAUGCGACACUUAAUGCGCCUUGAUUUGCGUAAGGAAGUUUUUUUCUGCUAAAAGCGAUUUUUUGUUCUUAUGGCUGCCGAAUUUUCGCGAGCCAAUUAACACUCGAACAUUUUUAAAGGUUUAUUUGAUUCCCCAUCAAAACAUCAUACCAAGGCAAAUAUAUUCAUAUCAGUUGAUACAGUAAGAAUUUUCGCUCUUUGUUUUGUAUGAUUACGCUUUGAAGACAAAUGAAGCCUUGCUAACUUUGACCUUGUAAAAUUAAACAUAACCAUACGGUCAAAGAAACUCAAAAUAAGUGAAAAUACAAAUUCUCUUGAUUAAAAAUAUCUUAUGCUCUGCUCUCUUGAAAUUGGCUAAAAGAAAAAGAUGAUGAACAACACAACAUGCCAUAGCAACCACGCGCGUGUGCAUGUUGACUGCGUGACAACCGCGCGCGCCUUGAUCCGUUCUUCAAAAUCCUUGCUACAGUAUCUCUCGUUGGCUGGAUUUUAGAAAACUGCACAUAGGUGAACUAAUAGCCUGUCAUGCUGGACAAAAGGAUACUUUUUUUCCUUAUCACAUUUAGUUUGUAGUGUUAAGAUCAACAGGCAGAUUUCAGCAAGUUUUUAAAUUUGGGACACAACAAAAGCCGUAAAACAAAUAGUGAGAGUACCGCCAAGUUUUUUCUCCUUAUCCUAUAGUUUAAUCGAUAAAAUCAGCUGUUUAUUUAUUCCGUGAUUUUUCGCAUGAACCACCUAUUGCUUGAAGAAUGAACAUUUUUGACAUUUUGACCUCUAUCCGAUUUGUAGACAUUGACAACUAAACAUUUCAUUGUCUUCAAAAUUAUUUAACUUUUCAUCGGAUAAAACUUUAAUACGAAUAAAACGGAAUAUUCCGUUGACAGACGAAUGCCUUUCUUAGUUUAAGCAGCAAAGGUCGCCUUACUUCUAAAGAUAGUUCUAACUGUUCUGCCAAUUAAGUUUACGAUCAACAAACCUCAGACUCAAAGGCAAGCAGGCAAAACAAUAAAUAAUUAUUGAAUCUGACAUCUCUGAAUGCGGGGUUUAAAUAUUACAAUCCGUUGUCAAAAGGUUAGUUUAAUUUUCGGUCAGGAUGUUUCCAGGCGAAGCAGGGCGCCCUCCUCUAACGCUAAACUGGAGCUAAAUCGACUUUUACCUUGAUGCAAAUUAACAGUCACCUAUAAAUUAAUAUUUUCACAUUGGCUCAUUAACUCAGUAUGUGGUCACUUUAAGGUUCAAUUCCCUCAAAGGUGGUAAUUAAUUUUAGCCAGUUCCUAUACUUCAAGUUCAAGGUACACUGAGACUGAUCUUCAAACGGCAAUGAAGGAUUACGUGACCAUUUGAUUUGAACACUUAAAUUAAACUUGCCUUUUUAAGAAUGAAAUUCUGCCAUGUAAUUAUGAUUCGAAGCGGAAAUUGUCGCGGAGUCGAACCCUCUUCUACGUCAAAAACACUGAUUACCUCACAAAGGCUUUGCUCAUCACUGAUUGGCGCAAACUCGCGCACCAUUGAAAGAAAAAUUUUGACACCUUGUUCAGUGUCUACAGUCAACACAAGCCGGUCUGAAUCGCUUCCGAUCAAAGGGAAUAAUUUCUUCCUCUCCGGCGAAGUUUCUUUCCAGUUUGGUCGCUGCGACCGCGUUUUCUGAUGCCGAUCACAACUCACACGCGCGUUAAUCCGCGUUUCUCGGGCAGAUCGCAUAUGCUGGCCUCAGUGAAAGAUGGUCUCUACCACCCGAUGUUGCCAACAUUCCGGCGUAUGGACAUGGAUACGGCAGUCCACAAGUUACCGGAAGAACACUCACGCACUACGACUCCACUGACACAGGAGGAUUUUAAAAGCCAAACCAUCACGUUGUUCAGACCAGCUGAGAAGUCGUUGUCAGGCACGAGAAUAACCGAGACAGGGCGACAACUUCAAUCUACCUCCUACCAGCCCAUCGAAUCAGGAGGCAUGGCAGAAUUCUUAAAGCGAUCGAUGACGUCACAGUCUCAGAAACAACCAUCCCCUCUUCCUCCAAAUGAACCAUCAGAGCCAUACACAUUUAUGCCUGAACCAUAUCUCAAGUAUUCAGCUGAUCAGAUGAAAUUCAAUGGUUAUGCAACAAGAUACCUGUCGCCAAGGGAGACCGGGUCAUGGAGAUACUCCCUCAGACAGGAACCCUACAUUGACCUAAGGGGUCAGCGACCCAUUCCUGCCACCAUUUAUAGUCGCUAUCGAGAUGCUCAUCCAAGAGCCAGCGUUGCAGCAAUGCAGUGGCGGUGAAGAUUGGACAUGAUUGAAAACUCUUUAGACUUUUUACAACAGAUUGCCUCAAAAAUACCAAACUCAGGAACCAUUUCCUUUUUUAGCAAGCCCCCAUGGGCCUUUCUCUAUAUUUGAAAUUGUGUUUCAGCACCAGAGUGGAAUAAAAACAAGUAAAUAGAGCAGAUAAAAAACCCAAUACAUUGACAUUUGAAAUUUUUAUCAAAAAAGCAAUAUUUUGGGAAAGUAUGAUCAGAAAAAUUGUUAAUGGUGAUAGACGUGUACACAUGCACACUAAAAUAUCACUAUCAAAUAAAUAUUGAAGAAAUA